UAGCGCUGCACUGAUCGUGCUGUCAAACACAUAUAUUUACGCCACGGCCGGCCCGCCGCUCACGGCGAAAAUGGCUUAUCGCAGCAGCAGCCCCUUCUCGGAGUCGCGCAUCUCCACCACCGAUGAAGACCUCUUCCACAACGCGGAGAGAUCUCGGCCAGGCGCAGAGGGGCAUGGAGCAUUCAGCCGCGUGUGGACCGCCGUCGGCAUGGGCAAGGGGAGGGGGCGGGAGAGGGAGAGGGGGAGGGCUGCCGUCGGUGAGAGGCCUCCCUUUGCGGAUGUGCACGUGUUGCUGGACAGCAGCAGGCACAUGAUUGACCGGAUGCGGCCGUGCCAGUCGGCCAGCAGCACGCGGGAUGGCUAUGAGAUGGAGGAGGGGGAAGGCAGGGGCACAGAUCACGAUGGGGGAUGCAUCCACCAGGUGGCAGCCAAAUGACGCCUUGGCUUAUUGCAAUGAAUGCAUUCUCAUUGUGUGUGUGGUUGCAGAUGGAGGUUGAGAGGCAGGUGCAGAAGGUUCCGAACUACAGUAGCUACAGCCGGGAUUGCGCCCUGUUCGACGUCUUUGCCGACGUGUACGACACAAUCACACCCACAGCCACGCCCACACCAGCAACCCAGGGAUACCAUACCGAAGAACCAAAGGGAGACGGGGAGGAAGAUGGGCAGGGGGAGGGUCGUGUGGUGGGGGUGAGUGUGUGCAGGUGUGUGCGUGAGGUGGGCUGCCUGCUGCGUGAUGCGUCUAGCGUCAUUGUGCAGGGGUUCAUGGAGCUGAUCAGGGUCGUCAGGGCGGCGGGCCGCAGUGACGACGAUCUGUAAGAGAGAGAGGGAUGAGUGUGUCUAGGUGGGUAGGCAAUGGAUGGAUGGAUGGAUGGAUGGACACAAUGGACCUCUGAGUAGACGGGGCAAAGAACAUGCAGCAUGUGUCUGUGGUCGCACCAAGAAAGCUACUGCCAUGCGUCGGUCCAUCGCGUCAAAACGGUCCUGCACUUCAUUUGCAAAAUGGUCGUGU